AAGAAGAACCACGCCAUCCAAUGGGAUUAGCAGUUGGUUUAGAGGGCUCUGGGAUUGGUUGAAAUACCAACACAACGUUUCCCAGGUUGUACCUCUUGCAUGGGGUGACUAAAGGCUUACCGUGAGCCUGAUUAGUUUUGUAGCUGGUGGGUACAAGAUGUUAGUAGAGAGAAGCACCCAAACAAAUGCAUGGACAUAGACUUACUUCUGUGCCAGUUCCAGAGAAGAUGGUGGCCGCUGUGCUCACCUUGCUCAGCUCAAGGAAACAUGUUCAACCUGAUAAGCAACUGCUGCACCUGGUUUUCCAAACUACAGGAGCCGAUCAGGAAAGUGACCAUUCUGGUGAUUGGUCUUGACAAAGCAGGAAAAACAUCCUCCAUCAGAGGAAUGCUGAGAGUCCCCAAUGGUGUGGAAGCAGGACCCACCAAUGGCUGCGUACGACAUGAGCUGAAAGUGGAGAACUACCUGGUCACCUUGUUGGAUGUGGGGGGCUCAGCAGAGUCCAGAGGAGCCUGGAGGGAGCUCUUUGGAGAAGCCCAUGGGAUCAUCUUCGUGGUGGACUCUAGUGACAGGCAGAGGAUAAAGGAGGUCAAGGAGGUUCUUGCUGACCAGCUGAAGCAACCAAGAGUGGCAGGAAAACCCCUAUUAGUGUUGGCUAACAAACAGGACAAAAUGAACGCUCUGCUGGGAAGUGAGCUGAUUGAGAUUUUGUCCCUGGAGGCGCUGGUCAACCAGAGCCGCUCUCUGUGCCAUAUUGAGCCUUGUUCAGCCUUAAUGGACCUGCGACGCUGGUCGGACCGAAAGACUCUACGAGGCCUUCGCUGGUUGCUGCGUGCCGUUUGUCUGGAUUACCCCGAGCUGUGUACUCGUGUGGCCCAGGACAGCAAGAUCCCUCUGGAACCAAGAGAGAGGGAAAAGUCCUGGAAAACAGAGAAAGUUCCUAGAAAACCCAAGGGAGAACGAAUGCGAUCCAGCAAGGCAGACCUUCGCCAGGGUCAUCGGCCAAAAGAAAAGGAGAAAAACACAAAGGGUGAAGGAAAGAUGAAACCCAUUCAAAACAUGCUGCAAAAGGAAACCAGUCCGAAAAAGAAAACAAAGAAGAAGAAGAGGCUGGUUAAGGUCCAGGAAGGUGAAAAGGAUCAAGUAGAAGCAAAUGAACAAGAGGAGGAAGAGGAAGGUGAUGGUAACGAAGGAGAGCAUGAAAACUCUGGCCAUAGAGAGAAAGCCAGCAGUGCCCUGAUCCCCCCGAAAAAAAGCAAACUAAAACGCAAAACAAAAGUGAAAAAAGAGAGCCUGGACGUGCCAGAAUCACCAGACAAUGAUGAGAAGCCGCUUAAAGCUAAAGAGGAAAGAAGGAAGAAGAAGAAAGUUGUCAAAGUGAAAAGGAAAAACAAGAUCAACACAGAGGAGAUGUCUGGAGCUUACUCUCAACCUGUGGACCUGUCCGCAACCUUUGAUCUUUACCGAAAGGCAAUACUGGCUCUGAAGGAACAUCAGAAUCAGGGACAGUGAGAGUGAAUCUGCAGCCUGGGUGUGAGGAUGUGGUCCACGGCAGUCUGACACGGUCACACUUCAUCUCUUCAAAGACAGACACAGAGAUUCUGUUUUAUGUCUUCGUCAUUUUCUAUAGACUUCAGACCUGGUCCCUGAACCUUUGGAGUGAAACUGCUGAUUCUAAUGUGUAGGGCACGUCUGCAUAAUCAUGUAAUGAUAGAAACGUUAGUGAUAAAAAAUAAAAACAU